GUCCCUUCCAUUUUGACCGUCUCGCUCUCUUCGUAUACUCCUACUAGGCGAAGAAGUUGGAGAAGAAGCAGCCGAGCAACAGCAGCAGGCAGCAGCCGGAUCGAUCGAGAGAGAGGCUCAGGAAAGUGGCAGGGAGCAUCCCUCCAUCGAUCAGCCUUCUCAUCAGCAACUUCCCAUUCCUCCUUUGGAUCAAAGUGUUCUCUGUUGUGCAGUGGGCAUGGGGUCAGAGUGUUGGGCUCACUUUGAGAAGAAGGCUGACAACAUGGCAGAGUGCAGGCACUGCCAUAACUUGCUCAGCUACAAGAAUGGCACCUCGCGUCUCAACAGGCACUACCAGGAAUCCUGCCGGAAGCGUGGCAGGCAGCAGGGCUCUCAUCAUGGUGCAUCGGCGUUCUCAAGAUCGAGCUCUGAUGAUUUGGGUGAGCAAACAGCGGCUGCUGCUGCUGCUGAAGAUCAGCUCAUCAGGAUGAUCGCGCUGCACGGGUUCCCUUCCUCCAUGGUGGAAGACGUGGAGUUCACAAGAUUUGUUCGGAUGCUCUGCCCUGACUUCAAGAUGCCGUCGCGAGACGAUGUCCGGAAGAGGUGCGAUGAGCUCUUCGACCGAGAAAUGAGCAGCUUGAAGGAUGCUAUUGGGCGUACGCCUGGGCUUGCUAGCUUAUCAUUAGGAAAAACCACAACUGCCUGGGGGAAAGUUGCGUAUUUGGCUGCCCACUUCAUUGAUGAAGAGUGGAAUUUCCAUUGCAGAGUUAUACAGGUGUUUAAGGCAUUAGAAGUGGAAGAUGACACCACCUAUGGUCUCAGUAAGAUAUUGGAUAUCAAAGAUUACAUCAUAGACAUCCCAGUUACAGAUUGGGAGCCGGAGGACUAUGAGCGUAUGUUGGGAAUUAUUUCUCAUUGGGGCCUUUUGUCUAAGCUUAGUGGCGUUCUAAUAGAAAAUUUUGGUACGACAAAAUUUGGAAAAAUAAUUUACGAUGAUAAUGAUCUACCACAUCUAUCUGCAACCCAACAUGAGCUGCUCUGUGCUACCAAUUUACGGUGGGAUUUACCUGAUAUUGCUUCGAAUCUACAUCCAUUCAGUUGUUACGGACAAGAUUGCCUCGACGCCUUUGAAGAUGAAAAUUUGAAGAAGAAACGCAGAGAAAUUUCUUCGCAUUUGCAGCUAGAUCACCCUUGGACAUACGACGAGUGGUGGUAUGCACAUUAUUAUGCGCUACAAAUUAUUCACAAGGAAUGCUCUUCCGGACCAGCAAAAAUUAGAGCCUUAGCAGGCAAAGUCAUGUUCCAUGAGACAUGGAUUACAGAAGUGUUACGCACUACGCUAGGAAGGAUAUACCAUGCCAUCAAAACGAUGUCAACCUCCAGCUUGCCUACUUCAAAUUUGGUCCUCAUAGAGAUGCUGGAAGUGAGAAACACGUUAGUACUCGGAUUCAACAAUUGUUCAGGAAGGAUGCAAAAUUCCAGUGGUGAACUAACUGAUUGUUUCAAGGAUGAACAUGUUCUUUUAAUAUCUGUUCAGAACGCAAUGAGCACACUUGACCGCUUUCUGUUAAAGUCAUAUUUGUUACUAAGCAUACCACUUAUUCUAGAUCCGAGAUAUAAGCUCGUCUAUGUUGAAAACUUACUCAAGAAUUUUCAGAGCAUUCUUAAGAAUGCUCCCUCUGUAGAUCUAGUUUCUAAGGUAGGAGAAAAAUUUCGUGAGCUCUUCACAGAGUACAAAACACAAGGCAUUGAAACAGAUUACAAUAAUGAGAGCAAUGCCACAGAGCAUGCUAAUCAUAUCCAUGAAAUGGAUGUGGAUCCAUCAAUACAAGGGAAUGGGAGUACUUUGCAACUCACAGAGCAGGGCAAUACGAGUUCACAGGAACACAUGAGAGAACUCGAAGCCUAUCUGCAAGAUGAAACCGUCCCUCUGGAUCAAGUGGAUUUCGAUAUUCUCAAGUGGUGGAAGAACAACUGUGGCAGGUAUCCCACGGUAGCCAGGAUUGCAAGAGAUUUUCUAGCCAUUCCAACUUCUGGUAGACCAUCUCCUCAGCUGAUGGCCGAGAUCACAAGCCAUUUUCGCCGCUACGCGUGACAAUACUUCUUGGAUAUGUAGUGCAGCUUCGUCGGCAGCUCUUUUUUUUUUUCACCUGAAUAGUAUAUGUAUCCCCUCAUGUCAUGUCCUAAUAUUUUGUAAUCCAUUUUGUUUUAGAGCUUAAAUGUAUGGAGUCUUUGAUGUGCCCUUCACGUCGCAUCUAUGUAUGCUUGUGUGGGUUGUUGAUAUGAUUUUAUUCCUCCCAUAACAUAUUUUA